UGACGUCAACGGCGCUAUAAAACUCAGCAAUGCUUUUAAACUCUCCUCCUGGAUGAGCUCUUUAAAAUAUUUUUUUCAUGUCGUUGCUGGCGCUUGGGACGUUUGAGUAGCUUUGAUUUUUUUUCUCUCUCAAAACAAAAUUGGCAUUAUUUUGGGUCAUCGCCUUGACCUGGGGGAUUUUUUUGUUUGCAAGUCUUUAAAUUUUAUUCUUCUUUUGGAAAAAAAAAAAGCAAAACCCCAGAUUGCUGAUCUCCAGUUUUCGGGGGAAUCUCCUCCCCAGAUGGUGAAGCUCUCUCUCUCCUCGCUUGGGCACUUGGCGUGAAAGCAAACAAAAAAAAGCAAACAAAAAAAAAGAGCAGUGGGAAAGAAACACCAUGAAGUGUUAAACAAGAGCAACAACAAAAAUCUCCAACUCUUAUUUUUUAAAACCAUCUUCCUCUGCAACGAACUCCCAUUUCCAAUUACAGCGAGGGGUUUUUUCUUCCCAAGCUGCAGAAAAGGGAGAGAGCGAGAGAGAGAAAGGGGGAGGGAGUUGCGAGAGAGAGCAAGAGAAAAAAGAGAGAGAGGCAUCCAGCCCAGAUGCUAAAGGCAAAUAAAUAGACCCGGAGAAGCAGCCGCCGCGGUGCACCGACGAGCCCCCGAGCCGCUCUUUUGCAAAGGGAGGGGGGCCUCUCGCUUUUUUCUUUUUGCACAUUGGAGCGGAGGUUGCAAAGGGGCUGGAGGAGAAAGAGGGCGAGCGAGAGAGCCGCGCCGUAGCAGCAGCCGCCGCCGCCGCAGCAGCAGCAGCGCUCGCCGCCGCCGGAGAGAAGCCCGUGCGCCCCGCCGCCUCUCGCCAACCAGCAAACUGGCUCACCCGCUCGCCAGCCAGAGCAGCCCCCUCGCGCCCGGCGGAGUGCCCCCUUUCUGGAGGACUGUCGGCGGUGGCGGCGGCGGCGGCGGCGGCCCCAGCAAGAGGAUGGCAUCAGACCUGGCAAUGAACAGCUCCGACCUGCCCACCAGUCCCCUGGCCAUGGAAUAUGUUAAUGACUUCGAUCUGAUGAAGUUUGAAGUGAAAAAGGAGCCGGUGGAGACCGACCGCAUCAUCAGCCAGUGCGGCCGCUUGAUCGCCGGGGGCUCGCUCUCGUCCACCCCGAUGAGCACGCCCUGCAGCUCGGUGCCCCCCUCGCCCAGCUUCUCGGCGCCCAGCCCGGGCUCGGGCAGCGACCAGAAGAGCCACUUGGAAGAUUACUACUGGAUGACCGGCUACCCGCAGCAGCUCAACCCGGAGGCUCUGGGCUUCAGCCCGGAAGACGCCGUGGAAGCGCUCAUCAACAACAGCCACCACCAGCUCCAGAGCGCCGCCGGCUUCGAGGGCUAUGCCCGGGGCCAGCAGCUGGCCGCCGCCGCCGGCCCGGGCGGCUCCAUGCCUCCCGACGAGAUGGGCUCGGCGGCCGCCGUGGUGUCGGCCGUGAUCGCGGCGGCGGCGGCGCAGGGCGGAGGCGGCGGCGGCGGGCCAGGCGCGCCCCAUUACCACCACCACCACCACCACCACGCGCCCGGCCACCAGCCGCACCACCACCCGCACCAGCAGCCGCCGGGCAGCGUGCAAUCCACGGCCAGCAGCAGCAGCAGCAGCAGCGCCAGCAGCAGUAGCAGCGGCGGCGGCGGCGGCGGCGGGGGAAGCGGCGGCGGCGGGGGGCUCCACCACGCGCACCACGGCUUGCAUUUCGACGACCGCUUCUCGGACGAGCAGCUGGUGACCAUGUCGGUGAGGGAGCUCAACCGGCAGCUGCGCGGCGUCAGCAAGGAAGAGGUGAUCCGGCUGAAGCAGAAGCGGCGGACCCUCAAGAACAGGGGCUACGCCCAGUCCUGCCGCUUCAAGCGGGUCCAGCAGAGGCACGUCUUGGAGUCCGAGAAGAACCAGCUCCUGCAGCAGGUCGAGCACCUCAAGCAAGAGAUCUCCAGGCUGGUCCGGGAGAGGGACGCCUACAAAGAGAAAUACGAGAAGUUGGUCAGCAAUGGCUUCCGAGAAAACGGCUCCAGCAGCGACAACCCCUCCUCUCCAGAGUUUUUCAUAAAACCUGAUGCUGGAUUGCAGAUGGCUUACAACAAUUUUCUGGCAUGAAGACAGCUUCAAAGCACAAGCAAAAUAAUCCCCACAGACAAAUGAACUCAGAACAAAGGAAGAACAAAAAUAAUGGCGUUUCCAUGGCGUUGAAGAGUUCUUUAUUUUUCCUCAAGUUUUCUUUUCUUAAAAAAAAAAAGGAACUUUCAUGGGAACAAGACAGACUUGCUCUUCAGGUGACAAAUAUUCAAGCAUGUUCUUUUACUACAUUUAAAUUGAAAAAAAAGAAAGGAAGGAAGAAACUGAACGGGAACACAGUGCCGAGAGAACCUGGGACACUGGAGACAUCCGGUAGAAUCGAACCUUCCUUAAAACUGUAAUCCAAGAACUUGAAGGAACACAUUUGAACCCCCUUUCAAUUGAUUACAUCCUCUGUGUUUAUAAAAGAGACAACAUUAUCUCAAUAAUAUUUAGAGAAUGGUUUGCAAAUGUACCUUUUAAUAUCAUAUUUUAAGGAAAUCCUGCAAUAUAUUUAAUUAGAAACAGAGUUAACCUGG